AGUUAUUUUCACAUAUAGAAGGCCAAAAACUGUUUUUCGAUUACCAAUGCCCGCAUUUCUUGUGUUAUUUGACAACGAAUAAGAAUCGGAUAAGUGCUAAACAAGAGUUUGACGCUGUGAUCAUAAAUGUGACUGAUGUGUCUAAAAAUUAUUUGCCUCUAUCACGACCAAAGAAUCAACGAUAUAUAUUCUAUGGCAUGGAACCAUCAGAUGAAGUGCCUGUCUGCAAUCCGCACGCUGAUAACUUUUUUAACUACACGUGGUCUUAUAAACUGGACUCAGAUAUUGUAAGUCCGUUUUUUGUGGUGCGUGAUAUGAACGGCUCUGCUGUCGCUCCAAGUCUGUAUGCUGAAUGGACAAUGAGCUUGCCUAAAUCAUCUCAAAAGCUGGAAGAAGUCAUGAAGUUUAAGAAUAAAAAUAAAGCUGUUGCUAUGCUCGUUAAAGGCUGUAAAGAUAAUGAAGGAAGAAUCUUUGCUGAAAAAUUAAGAAAGGCUUUGAAAGUGUAUUCGGAAGAAUUGGAUGUUUUUGGAUGUAAAAGGAGUUACCCACUGGCAGGCAGUGGUGCAGUUAUUGCAAGGGAGUAUUACUAUGUUCUGGUGACGGCAGGGACGGCUCAGGACUAUGUUACGGAUAAAGUAUUGAAGGCGUAUUGGAAUAAUGCUGUGCCUAUUAUUAGGGCACGAGCGGAUCUUACCAAGUUCCUCCCUACAGGGUCCUACAUCAACGCUCAUCUCCACACCCCCGGGCAGAUCGCAGCCAUCGUCCACUACAGCAUCAACAACCCGUCCGUUUACCGAAGCUUCUUCAAGUGGCGGAACUUCUACACCUUCCACAAACGAGAGGAGUUCGACGGGAUCUGCCAAAUCUGCAGGCUUCUCAAUGAUAAUGCUUUGUUUUACUCCAAUUCCAGUGCGCAUUUGAGAGAGUGGUGGGAGUCCAGUAGCAUAAGUAAAAUUAAAUGUGCGUAUUAAACUAUGUUUCUUUUUUUAAAUAUUGAACCGAUGUUAGUACAUUCGGCAUCAAAUAGUAUGGUGACGGCCAAAUAUAUCGGAAAAAAUCCUUAUUUCUAUGGUAUCUUAUUUUUUUUAUAUUUUAUUUUUCCCACAUAAGUAUACAAGAUACAGUGGUGUCCGUCGUGUACAAUACAUUGUUGUUACAUAUAUCAGUUUGUAUUAUUAGUAGUAACAAUUAAACACUUAUACAGACUUAGUAUCUACUCUUUACGUUACAAUAUCACAAUCAUCC